ACUUGGACUUUCAGUUUGGCGGGCCGACUCAUAGACUACGACUCGCGGUUCUAGCCGGUCUAGCCCGCAACACACAACUCUCGACCUACCGCAUCCGACUGCACCGCCGCCGCGCACGCUCCACGCUCGGGCCGCGAGUUCGAUACUCGAUCGAUCUGCUCCUUCUUUUUUCCUGCCGGUGUUUCGUCCGAUGCGAACACCCAGCCAUGCUCGCUCUGGGCAGCCAGCCGCGGCCCUGGUGCAGCGGCUCUGAUGCGCGCCCCUGCAGGGCGCAGGCAAGGCCGCAGGCCCGCUGGCCGCGCGUCCGGGACACCCUCCAGGACGCCGUCGAGUGCGCCGUCGAGGACACUGCCAUGGACGAGGGCGGGGGCCACGGGGGCGGACGGCCCAGCAGCCCCGAGUGGGACCCGGCGCUGCUCCGCGAGGAGGACUUCGAGGACCAGGCCGUGUACCAGGUGCCCGACCAGCCCUGCGAAGGCCUGCAGCCCCGCGCACAAGCCUCGCUGCCCCGGAACCUCGUGCUCAAGCCCUCGCAAGCCCUCAGUGACGUGCUUGGCGUGUGGAGCACGGGCUACAUUCCCAGAGGCACCCGAUUCGGGCCUCUCGUAGGUGACAUUUAUGCCAAAGAUGCCGUCCCCGCGACGGCGAACAGAAAGUACUUUUGGAGGGUGCAAUUGAAAGAAGAGCGGAAGACGGGGCGAAUUCGCAAGAUUUACAAGGAGGACGAGCUGUUCUACUACAUUGACGGGUAUGACGUCAACAAGUCCAAUUGGAUGCGAUUCGUCAACCCCGCCUACUCCUCCGUCUCACAGAACCUGAUAGCCUGCCAGUACAAGAUGAACAUCUACUUCUACACCAUCCGGCCGAUCCUGCCGAACCAGGAGCUGCUGGUGUGGUACUGCCGCGAGUUCGCGGAGCGGCUCAACUACCCGCUGACGGGGGAGCUGAUGCUGCAGCGGAUACGCGAACAGGUGCAGCAGUCUGCACCGACGCCGACGGCCACGCCGACGCCGGCCCCCGCCCCCACCAGCGUCAUCAGCCAGCCCGUGUCCGGGCCGACGGAGGUCGGGGCCGUGACCACGACGACGCACUCGCCGCCCGCGGCCAGCACGGCCAGCCCGCAGCCAGCCUCGAGCUCGUCGCCGGCCGCCGGCGAGGCCUCGCCGCACAAGGACAGCCAGGGCGGCGGCUGCGGCGGCUACGACGCGGCGGGCGCGCGCGAAGGGUCAGUGCGGUCCGACGAGGGCUACCACUCCAACGGCUGCCACGACGAGGUGCUGACGCCGCCGGAGGACUCGAGCGACUCGGACUCGGAGGGCAACUACGUGCUGGACUUCAGCAAGAAGCACGAGCGCCAGGAGCGGCACAAGCAACCCUCCGCCAUCCGGAUGGGCCCCGAGGCCGCGCAGCGGGGCGCCAACGAGUUCCGGAAGGUGAAGAUCAAGAUGACGCGCGCCUACCACUACAAGACGGCGGGCCGCGAGGGCGAGCCCGACGCGCCGGAGUGUCCGCGCAACUCGGCGGCCGCGGCGUCGCCCGCACACUCGCACUCCCCGGCGCACUCGCUGUCGCCCGCGCACUCGCACUCGCCAGUGCACUCCCACUCGCCAGUGCACUCCCACUCGCCGUCGCCGUCGCCCCUCGUGACGGCGCCCGCCAGCCCGGACGGCCCCGACGGCCGGGGGUCGCCGAUGAUGGUCAUCAUGGAGCACCCCGCGCGGCCGGAGUCCCCCGAGCGGCCGCCCUCCCCCGCCUCGUCCACGACGCCGUGCAAGCCGCACUACGAGGACCUGCCGCGGACGUCCAUCCUGGAGAACAUCCUGAUGCGGAACCGCGACCGCGAGGCGGCGUCCGGCGACCAGAACAACAACAAGGAGGCGCCGAGGCACGCCACGCCGCCGCCCGCGUCGUCCUCGCCCACCGAGAUGGCCUACUCGUACAAGAAGUCGCACCGGUACGGCGCCGUGCCCUGCAGCCCGGACUCGUCGUCGCACGCCGCGCCGCUGCCGCCCCUGGUGCCGCUGUCGCUGCCGCCGCACGUGCCGCUCUCGCACGUGCACGCCCUGCACGCGCUCAGGAGGUCGCCGCACACGCCGCCCAUGUCGCCGCCCUGCCCCGCCGGGCCGCCCUACGCCGACAUGGGGUACCCGUCGCAGGGCGCGCACAGCCCCAGCCCGCCGUCGGCGCACAGCGCGCACAGCGCGCACAGCCCGUCGCAGGGGCCGUACUCGCCCCCGCCGCCCUUCCACUACAUGUACCCCGCGCCCCACAGCGCGGCGCACCCCCCGCAGCAGCUCGUCAGCCUGCGGCCGCCCUCGCCCACCGGCUCCCUGUCCCCCGACGACGGCUCCUGCACCAGGUCGGGAUCGCCACUCAGUCCCAAUAGCCACAACUCCCGCGGUUACAGAUCGCUGCCGUACCCGCUGAAGAAGAAGGACGGUAAGAUGCACUACGAAUGCAACGUGUGCUUCAAGACGUUCGGCCAGCUGUCCAACCUCAAGGUGCACCUGCGCACCCACUCGGGCGAGCGACCAUUCCAGUGCAACGUGUGCACCAAGAGCUUCACGCAGCUGGCGCACCUGCAGAAGCACCACCUGGUCCACACAGGCGAGAAGCCCCAUCAGUGUGAUAUCUGCAACAAACGGUUUAGCUCGACGUCGAACCUCAAAACCCACCUGAGGUUACACUCGGGCCAAAAGCCUUACGCCUGUGAUCUGUGCCCCGCCAAGUUCACCCAGUUUGUCCACCUCAAGCUGCACAAGAGGCUGCACACCAACGAGCGCCCCUACACGUGCCAGGGCUGCAACAAGAAGUACAUCAGCGCGUCCGGGUUACGGACGCACUGGAAGACGACAAGCUGCCGCCCCCACAACAUGGAGGAGGAGCUGGCCCUAGCGGCCGGGUCGCCGCCCGGCUACUACGAGUACGCCGGCUCGGACGCCAGUGUUGGGAGCAUUGAAAAGGACCCCAUGGACGACUCGAGAGACUCGUUCGAGGCCCACCACAUCCCCCUGCAGCCUCUGCCGCCGCAACCGUCGCCCUCUCACCAGGCGCCACCCCCGCCCCCUCACCAGCCCCACCCCCACCCCCAUCACCACCAGCUGCUGCAGCUUCACCAAAGUCAUCCCGCGUCCCUGCCCCCUCACCACCAGGCCCUUCACCAGCCGCAGCAUCACCUGCAGCAGCACCCGGCGGCUCCCUCAGGCCCUGGCCAGCCCACCAGUGUGCUGCAGAGUCACCAAAGUCACCACCAAGGCACCCACCACCACCUCCCCCAGGUAGUGCCUCAACACCUGCCCGGCAGCCACCACGUCCAAGGACAUGGUCACCACCCCAGUCACCCCGCUCACCAUGGACACAGUAACCAUGGCCACCCCACGGACCAGCCCCGACCCUCGGUCAUAGAAAGCUCCCAGCCGCACAUCAUUGAGUGCACUUAAAACUUUACGUACAAAUGAAAAUUUCUUUAGCUAGUGCUGUAGAUGAGCCGCUUUGUUUUGUUUUUUCUUGUUCUUUUUCAAAAUGAAGAUUGGCGCCUAUUUUUUUUAUUUAGUGUGUAGUUAAGAUGGUUAUUUAAAAAAAAAAGAAGUGUGAUAUUGAGGGUGUGCUAGGGGCGGUCGGUGGCUGUAAAAUGUGUAAAUUGUGUAAAGUGACUGGACUGCUGCCUGCACACAACAGUUUUAGUCAUUGUUCCUCUCCUUUUUUUUGUGCUCUGUGUUGUUGCUUUUUGUUGUUGUUUUGUUGUUUUGAUGGUGAGAAAGACACUAUAGUGUGCAAUAAUUUACUAUUCAAUUGCCGCCAGGAUUUCAUGCAUGAAUGUGCUAAAUUUAUACAAUCUCAUAGUUUCAAUGUGCUAAUGAGAGAUUGCAAUUUACGACAGGGUGCGAAAGCUUCACCCUGUUUGCUCCCAAUAACGGUACUAUCUAAGGCGCUUUUGCCAGUUCUUGUACAUAAUAUUACUGGUAAUUGAUAAAUUCUCAACUACCUUAAGACUUACUUCUUUUUCUUUUGAGAAUGCUCUGAACUUUUUCAUUUCGACUCUUGGCCCGUUGAUCAAGUUGAUGGACUUAUUCUGCUGUAUGCUGCUCAUGUAAAUUGCAUAUUUCUUACUACUUUGCUCAUUUAUAGUACAGUUCAAUUCAUCUCUUUAAUAGUGCACAGGCUUUUGAUGUGUUAAAACCAGAUUGUAAAUCCAUUUCAUGGAUCUGUAAUGAAGUAAAAUAUUGUGUAAGAUUACAGUAAAAGGACAUGUGCUUGGUCUAUUUUUCAUUCAAACUAUUUCAAUGGUAUUUCCUUUUUAGGAUGGUUCUUUCUUAUUGCUGUCAUAUUUGUAGAAAUUCAUUGUAUUUUAAUAUUUUAGCUGGUUCUUCAUCCUACUUAUGAUGCUUGUCAUAGACCAUUUAGGAGUGUUUUUUUAUUAAGAGUAUACAUCAACAUUCUUUAAACUGUAAGUUUUUAUGAAUAAGUAUAAAAGUACAAUUUUCCAAAGGCAGAAGUAUUUGCAGUUUGUUUCAAAAUUGUCCUAUAUUUUUUUCAUCAAGCCCCUUUUUCUGGGAUCAUUAAUUUUAUACAACUUUGUUACUGUGAGUCUACUCAUUUCCCACUCAUAUUAAAACACAAUGAAAUGUCUGAUCAAUGUUAAUUUUAAUUUGGCUGACUAUAAGAUUGUUGUUCUUGAGGCAAAAUUUUACUGGUUCUUGUAGAAGUUAUGCAUGUAUUCCAUUAUAUCAAAAAGUUGUACUGUCUACUGUUUAAGAUCAUUAUCCUGGAGCCUUUGUUCUUUAUGGUCUUUAUUGUAGAAUUUUUAAAGGAGGUUAUUAUGACAUUGGUGUGUGAAGCUUUAAAUGCUUGUAGUGCUGGUUUGCCUGUCUUUGGGUGAAAGGACCUCAUAUGUCAAUGCCCACUUGCCAGGAUUUAAGAUUUCCUUUCAUUUGAAAGGAUUUCAAAUCAGCAGGUAAGGUGACAGUAUAGACUGGAAUAGGUCCAUAUUUCCUGAGGGCUCAUGUUCCUAGAUUCAUGUCAAGUGGACAUGGAAAUCACAACUGCACUCUAUGAUCUCAACCUUAUAAUUAUGUAGUGUGUGAGAUGAAUUAAUCCCAGUUCAUUUGAUAUGAAACAAUGUGAGAGUAGAAAAUGUAGAAUUUUACUGAAUAAUAUAGUUAAGUGUGCUUUCAAUUUAUGUUCAAAAUUUGUUGAACAGUUUAAGAAAUUUAAUGUUCAACAAAAGUAGAUGUGCAACUGACAUUUUAUGUACAAACAAGCCACAGGCCGCAGAUCAAUUUGUGCGUUGCUCAAACCCUAUUUCUUAUUUUUGUACUGAGCCAGUUGGUGAUAUAUGUUAUCAACAUCUGGACCGUUUCAAAUGCUACAUUGCAAAUGACUAAUUAUUGCAGAAGGUGCCCAAUUAUAGUUGCUUUAUUGUCACUUACAUGCUACUUGGGUUUGAAAUUUAACAAACCUGCCUAAUGGGAAAAUAUUUUGACUUCUUUUCAAAUCAAUUAUGCUGAAAACCUUGAAAUUGCCAACGUUUAAAAAUCCUGUUGAACUGUGGACUGCUAGAAAUAUUUCCUCUGCAUUGUAAUGAAAUUAGCAAAUACAAGAGUGACAUCAUAGAUGUAUGUAUUUUCUAAUAAGGCGCAACCAUAAUUCAGAUAUGCUUGAACUCUACGGGACAGAAUUGACAGUGCCUUUACCAAUAUUAUAAGCUAGAACUAUGUACAUGUAACUGGAACUGACUGUGUUAAAUUUCGUUUCAUCACUUGAAAAUGUUUCAUGGUUUUAUCAUUACCUUCUGCAUUUUUACUUUAAAGCUGUGUGUAUUUAUGUAAGUAACUUUUCUCUUUGGAAUGUUUAUUUAAACAUAAAGCUUAACUGAUUGUAUUUAUUUUCAACAGAGAUUUGUAAUGGUGCAAUGAGGUGCAAGAAGGAUAUUCCAUAUUCGUGUAUUUUGGUCUUCCCAUAGUACAUUCUUUGCAACUUGCCGCCAAUGGUUACAAAGCAAUGCUUUGUAUCAAUCAUAUGUAUUACUGUGUCUGAGAUUCUUCAAACUUUGAAGUCUGUGGGUAUCCUUGUACGCUUUCUUUUUCUGUCAGUACCGUCGUACCAUAAAUUAAUGAAUUGGCCCAUGCCAGUAUUUUUAAAGAUUUUUGCCAACCCAACAGGUCUGAUUUUUUUUAAGUUUCUGUACUGUUGAAAAAUUGUGUAUCUUUGCAUUGUACAAACAUUUGCUUUGUACAGUGUAAAUUAAUCUUGGAUAUUAGUAAUGUAUGCAUAAAUCAUAAUCCUCCAAUUGUCUAGAACUCUGUUAGUAUCGUUUGUGCUGGCACGUAGGCUUGUGUGGCUUGCCAUUCCGAUAUACUUAGUGAAAGCUUUCAAAGACAAGAAAGAUAUGUUACGACGGAAGCUUAAUCCUUCAUCAAGUUUAUACUGUUCAGUUUUGUCUUUAUUGGCAUAUAUUCUAGCUGAUUUGCUGAUUCCAAGCUUUUAAAUGUGUUUAAAAUAUUUUUGUUUGGCUCAACAUAGGCCACUCUUAUGUUUCAAUGUCAAUGUUUCUGUAUAUAGCUUUAGAAUCGUAAUUUUUGAAAUGCUGUGUGGUAAAUAUAAAUAUAUUAUAUAUA